CGGAAUGACAUGCAGCCAUAUUUGACUGUAUUCAUCAAGCCCUUCCCCCCUUCAGCAUCUUCAGCAGGACAGUAAACUGGAGCGGGACAACGGAUGCCAAUCGAAAGGAGACUUUACCGAAGAUGGCCUCGCCAAGAACCGUAACAAUUGUCGCCCUUUCCUUUGCACUGGGUCUGUUCUUCGUGUUCAUGGGUACAAUUAAACUCACACCGAGGUUAAGCAAAGAUGCAUAUAGUGAAAUGAAAAGGGCGUACAAGAGUUAUGCAAAGGCCCUUCCGGCAUUGAAAAAAAUUGGCGUAUCUUCUGUACUUCUACGCAAGAUUAUUGGUACUCUUGAGGUGGGAUGUGGAAUUGUUCUGACCCUUGUGCCAGGGAGACCAAAAGACGUGGCCAACUUUAUUCUGCUACUGGUUAUGCUAGCGGUGCUUUUCUUCCACCAGCUGGUUGGGGAUCCUCUAAAACGCUAUGCUCAUGCCCUAGUGUUUGGUAUUUUGCUGACGUGUCGGCUGCUCAUUGCUCGUCAGGGUGAGGACCGGCCUGAGAGGGAGGAGAGACGAGAAGAACAGAUCACUGCCCAGGAAAAGAACAAAGUCAAAGUUUCUUAGCUCCACAAUUUCAGAAAGAGCGCCUGACAGACGAUCUGUUUCUCUGGAUAGUAGAGAAGGUGCUCAGAAAAAAGACAGUAGUCCCAAAAGGUGAUUUAUGUCCCACAGCUACAUAUCAGAAGCCUGAAAACCAGAUCUUGUGUUACCUUUACCUCACGUCUCACCUGUAAAACUUCUUAUAUAUAUAUAUGAAUUUCUUAUUUGAAAUACAAAUUUUCAGUUUGGACGAUCACCAUUGUGGCAACUGUUUUGGUUGUGGUUGUGCACCAAAAGAUUAAACUACUGUAAUUCCCUGUUGUAUUUAUUUUUAUUAUUAUUUUGGCCCUGCAUUAAAAUAUAUAUAAAAUGUCACUUUUAAGAUUAUACUGUGAUACAGGUUUCUUCAAAUGUCAACAGUUUUUAUGAUUGUUUUUUUUUUUUUUUUUUUUACUUUUUGAACUAAUCAAUGAAUACUAUAUAAAUCCAGUUCUGUUUACAUUGAGAUGCUGUACAGCUUUUGUUUAAAUAUUCAAGUCAGAUGGCAGAAAGUAGCUUUUCUGUUGCUUUCAUAUCUGUUGCAACCAUCAAAACAUCACAGUUUGUUUAGGUACAUGUACGUUCUUCAUGUUAUUUUUCUUUUUUUUUUUUUAAUUUGCAUAUAAUAAUAUUUCUUUGUUUCAUUUGAUCAAAAUAUAUUUUCUAGGUUGUCUCUCCAAAAACAGUCAAAUAAAAAUCAUAUCCUAUAGGAUUCUUCUUAUGGUCAUUUUCUCCUUUUGAGUCAUAGAACUACCACAUUGUUUUACAAAUUUUAUUACUAAAAUAGAUUUUUUUUUCUUUUUUUAUCGACUGUAUUUUCUUUUGAUAAAUUUGUUCCUUUAUACUAUUCCUGAAAACCCAGCACUGCUCAUUUGAGGUGUCUUACUGAUUUUACAUACUAAAUUCAGCUUAUGCAUCACUACUAAUAAACUGAAAAGAUGAAUCAGGUGUUUCAAGUAAGUGACAAAUUCUAAAUGCACAGUGCUGGAAGGAGUAGAAUUGAGAAACUUGUCUUGAAAUGUUUGGAUAUAUACUGAUAAUUUGCUGUUUGUAACUGAGUAAAAAUACCUAAUGAAGAACAUGA